GACCGCAUAAUGUUUCAUCAGCAGCAGCUGUCUGGUCGCAGUUUGUUAGGUGCUCUUAAACUUGAGACGUAUACUGUUCAUGUGGAACAUAUACUUAAAUUGGAACGUUACAGAUCAGAUUAACAUGGUUUCUCCACAAGGAUGACAUGCAAAUUGGUGAAGCUUUCCUUAUUUUUCUUAACUCCGCCUGGAAAACACCUUGGUAACCUGCUGGUCCCAAGCCCAGAUGAAGGAGGAGGGUUUGGGGUGGGGCUAGUAACUCCACCCUGUGAAGAAACAAAAAGCUACAGAAACCGCAAACACAACUUUAGCCAGGACGGGAAGAGCCCUCUUCAGAAGGGCCUAUGACUCAUCCUGGCGAAAGCCCUCAGGAAACUAGCUCCCCGACCCAUCUUCUCACGGCCAAGGCAAAAACCAGGAUAGGGACCUGGAACAUCAGAACCCUGUACGAGAGAGGUAAAUCAGCUCAGGUAGAACUAUAACAUCAAGCUCCUCGGCAUGUGGGAGACCAGGUGUAAUGGCAACGGUCAGGGAAGACACAAAGAGACUAUACAAAAUAACAAGAAUUCUGUCAGGAAGAAAAAACACCAAUGUGUGCAGGCCAAUAAAGAAUAAGAAUGGCAGCGUCAUCACUGGGAUGCAGAACAAAGAUCUUGCUGAGUGGAACAUUCUGAAGAAAUACUUAACUGACCACCACCAACAACCACUUUGGACAUUGCCCCAGCUGCCGAACAACUCCAAGUAAACAUCAACCCACCAACCAAGUCAGAAAUCAUCAAAGCCGUCAAGUCCUUGAAAGGGAAAGGGAAGAUCAGACUACAAGAUAAACUAUAAAUGGGUAGACUCUUUUCGCAGUAGACAUUUCAGACCUUCACCUGAGCAGCGUGCGGCAUCUGCAGGAAAAAAUUCUUUAUCACUGGAAUGAGUCGGAGUCCAUGGUUCCCACCAAAAGCUCUACUGGCAAAUGGUAUCAGCCUGCCCAGUGGGCUGGAAACCACUCCAGUGAGCUAGGAAUCAGCUGUGAACCAGCCUUGCAGCACAAAAAACGUGUUGAGGGGCCUCCUACUUCCUUGUCUGCUAACUUGCAUGAAACAUCUGGGGUUAAGAGAAGAGAAUAUGCUUUGCUUGGCCAGCAAGAAAAGUUUGCACAGAAUGUGCAGUAUCUUCUUAAAGGACCAUCAUCUUCAGACCUAUCCAUCAACUUGAAGGAGAAUCAAAAUACUAAUAAAAGAGUAGAUGAUAAAGAUGUAUCUCCAUCCAAACAGAUGAAGAUUGAUGCAGAAAAGGGUUUCAGUAAACUAAAGGCAACUCCAGCAGCAACUGAGAACAAGAUGGAAACCCCUGCGAGUCCUCCACCCACUGAUCAUAAGCCAUCAAAUAUUUCUGAUGCCUUGAAAUCAAAUAUGCCAAACAAAAAUUUGAGUGAUAUUCUACAAAAGGAAACAGCAGGAAAGAAUAAGGCACAGGUGGAGCGUAAUAAGCAGGAGCAUGAGACCAGAGAUGAGAGUGUUUUACUGAAAAACAAAGCCACGUAUGGUCAAGAAAAUCAGGCCAAUCAUGCAUUAAAGUACAAAGCUGGGAUAGCUCCUCAACGUAAAAGCAAAAUUAAGCUUUCAGAGUACCAAAAAGAAUUUAACUGGAAACAAGGCAAACCAGCAUCACCACUUUUAACAGCAGAACAGAUGUUGUACAGCGAAAAAUUAAAACCUGUUCCAUUCAAAGUAAGUGCAGCAACUCAAUCUGAAUAUCAGAGACAGUUCAAAGACUGGUGUCUGCUAGGUCCUAUUUCACCCGAGCCAAAAGUCUUCCAAGAUGCUCCGGAGUUUCAGAGAAAGGUCAAGAGAAGCAAGAGUGUUGGUGAUAAUUUGCAAACUGCUGGAUCCAGUUUGGCGACAUCACCUAAAGAUCUCAGCCAACUCAGAGAAACUGAAGAUAAUGUCAAGAAAAGUAAACCACCCAUUGACUAUGGAAAGCUUAGACAAAUCAUUACAGAAUACAGGGCAAACUACAAAGCGCCAACAAGUUACAGUUAUGAUCAGGGAGCUUGGAAAGGAGCACAUCCUCCUCAUUUCUUCCAGCAAAAGACCCAAGUAAACCAGGUCGCAGAACAGAAAGCAGAAGAGGAAGGGAAAGUUCCAGUGUCCACCUGGUUUGCUGAGGUACUGGAGUUGAGACAACGUGCCCAGGAAUACAAACGCCGAGCACAGGGCACUCAUUUCUCACGGGAGCAUUUGGCCCAGCUACUUGCCCAACAAACAGGCUCUAGGAAAACACUCAAUAAUGACUCUGUUGUAUCACUGGAUGCGCUUGCCCUUGAGCCAGGGCCUGCUGCACUCAAAUUGUUACCAAACAAUGUCAUAAAAAGCAAAUCCAAGCUGCCACUUGAGGAGGAAGGAAGAAACAAACAGACACAGAAAGCAGUUGAUGGUAAAGUUUCAAAGGCUGCAUGGGAGGAAAAUGUGGCAAAGGAUGUCGAAAACAUGGAGACAGCAGCUGACAUGGUUCCUGAUGGCAUGCUGGGUGAGGAAGAUCAACAGAAAAAGCAUAAGACAGGACCUCAAAAUGAUCUUCAACUUAGGAUGAAUGAAGUAACAAGAAAAGCUGAAGAUGAUAUUGAGGUGGAGGGUCGCAUACCUACACCUGUUCUUAGAAACCUAACUACAGGUGAAGUCCUGCCAAGAGCAUCUCGACACCAUCUUGACCUUACAACACCGUGUAUUGGAGGUGUCUUGCUGUCAUCCUCCGAUAACCAAGUUUUUACCCCCAAAUCAAAUGACAGCUGUCCAUCCAAAUCUAAGGAGCAUUUUUACUCUAAACAAUUUACUGCAGAAAAGACCUCACCAUUAUAUGGUAAGCCAACUCUAGAUACCCAUGCCUUAAGGGAUGAUGACUCUUUAAGUGACAGAGCAUUAGAACUGCAGUAUGUGUCCAACCCCUCUUCAGCAGACAUUUCCCCUCUUAAAGUGAAAAGGUCCAACUUCCAGAAAUCACUUCAUAUACCCAAGACAAUUGACGAGAAAAUGGGGGAAACUUAUAAAGUUCCACAACCAGAUUUUAAGAUGGGUGACAAAGAUAAAACAAACAACGAAGAUGAUGACAUUUUGUCUGUGUCUGCAAUGUCCAUUGCAUCUAGCAGUUCUCUUGCUUGUGAAGUCUAUGAACGGGCUAAAAAGCGGCGUGAUCAUUUCUGGAGUCACCAGAAACAUGGACGUGCAACAAACUGAAGAAAGUUUUCUUGUUUUGUUAUUGGGAUUUUUACCCAGAACUAGGAAUUGUGGAUUUUUAAAAUGUUUUUAGAAUUUUAGAACUGCUGCAAUGAUAUCAUUACAGUAGCGGUGAUUGUUUGAAAUGAUGUGCCUGUACAAAUGUGAAAUUGUGACUUUUAUUCAGGAAUCCUGGAAGACUAUUUAAAAGAUACUUCCUAAUGAGGAAAAUAAUGGCACGAAAAAUAAGUCAUUUUAUGCAGCAUUUCUUACAUGCAUGUAAAUCGAGAAGAUAACUGCAACAACACUGGCUAAAGAAAACAUAAUGGGGUACAAAUGAUUUUGUAUGAUUAAUCAGUUUGACUUGACACAUCCAUUAUGAAUAGUUUGACUACAGUUUAUUUAUUUCUGUUAUUGGCAUUGCCCAUGAGUACUGUGUCACAAUUUACCAAGUUCUUGUGUUUUAGAGUUUUUGUUUUAGUGAUUUAGCAUUUAAGAUAAUCAUUAUUUAUGUGUAGGAUAUCCUUGUUUAUUCCACACUUUAAUAAGAUUUAUAGAAACCUAGGUCUGAGUCACAUGUUUUUAAGAGUAUCAUCAUCAUUUCAUCCACUCUUGUUUCUUGUCUAUUCUGUUGGGAUAAGACAACAUAAAAGCAUUAGGAAAUGUAAAAUAAUAUUUCACACAUGUGGACAACUUUUAUUCACCAAAUUUACACUGCUGUGUUGUCUGUUGGAAAUUGAUGAAGACCACUCUCUUCAGGAGUUAGUUUGUGGGGCUGUGGAUUAAGGAAGUGGCUGAUGUUAACAAUGUCAGUCCAAAUGGCCCUUCCACAGGGAAUUGUAUGAGGAUGGGUGCUCAGGCUGUGCACGUUGCAUGUUACACUCAGCUGUCAUAAUGUAUCUGACCUCAACUACCCUGGCUGCUUUGAUGAGAUUUCUGUGCCAUGAAGAGCAUCUCAGGGCAAGGGCCUCCCAGUUUGCUGAUGCCCAGGAUUUGAAGGGUUGCCUUUACAAUGUUGUUGCAUUGAAUGCCUUUCCUGGUACACUUUUGUGUUAGCAACUGUUUUGGCAGGAGACUCAUGCAUGCAGGCUUCAUAAAGGAGGAAGUGGGGACUGGCAAUGGCAGUAUGCAAGUGAACCAGCUCACUCAGACUGUCGAUUUCAUGGUCAGCAACUGUCACUGGUGUAAGCUGAUUGAAAGUCUACGAUUAUGUCUCACAUUCAGUCUCAGUACCAGUGGGGCAUUCUUGGCAAAAAUAAGUUUAAUCCCAUUCCCCCUGCCUUUCUGACUGCCCCCUUCUUUGCUGUCCUGCAUGGCGGGGAUUUGGUCACACCUGUGCCAUGCAUUCUAUGCCUUUUUAGAGGCUAACCCCUUCAGUUUGUCUUUGUGCCAGGGGAAGUUUACUGUUACAUAUCACAUUCCCCAGUAGUUUUUUUCUGUUAGCUUUUUUUUCAUUAACAUAGAUUUACUGGCAGUUAUUUUCCCAUUCCUGGCUCUACCACAAGGUGGAUUAGGCUGUUGCUUAGGACACAAGCACUGAGGAAGGCAGAGAGAAUGUGUAUGUGUAGAUAUUUAGCUGGGGAAAAGAGAAUUUUGUAUUAUCAGGGAUGGUGUUUAUGCUUGCUAGUACUAUCGAGAGAUAUUUUGGCAUUAUAAAUGAUAAUCCUGGACAAUUUAUUGUUUUUAUUUUGAGGAUAGAGGGUAGAAGACAAGAAGAUACUUUGUGAAAUAAAUGUAAGUUGUUUAUUUGAAAAUAAAAAUAUUUUGCUGUUUGAAAGGUGA